UUCGCGGCUUUGCUUUGCGCGAAACUGGGCGCUUUGCGGGGUUCGCAGCUGCUUCCUUGCAGCCUUCCACCCGCCCUCUUCAUGCUGCCCGCUGACUGUGCCCAGAGGCUGGUGUCCCUCGUUACCCAGGCCUUGGAAGACUGCACAGAGCAGAGAACAAAGCUCCAGCAGAAGCUUCAACAGUGCCACACACUUCUUGGGGACUGGAACUCUGAGAGAGAAAACCCCAUUCCUGAAGAUAGCAUAAAUGAGAAACAUGAAACCGAGCCUUCCGUCGAGGAGCUUAAGGAACUGGAACUGCUGAACAGAGCCUUGGAGAAAGCACUAAGAGUCCGGUCAAAGUUCCAGCAAGUGCCACGUGAGACUGUAAAGGUCUCCGAAGCUGCGGGUAAGAAGCCUGCGAGCCAUGCUGCCUUGGAACAGCCGGCAAGUACUUCUAAGGAGAAGGUCCCCGAGACCGCCCAGAUGUCUCCUGUGAGUAGAAAGCUUGUGUCUUCCAAAAAGCCCACGGCAUACAUGCUGAAGGCUCCCUACAAAACUGAGGUGAACGUGAAAAGGCCACCAGUGAAAAUACCAGCUGGGUGGAGCUCCAGAACAGCAAAAGUUCCUGGGAAGAAGUUGUCACCAGCCGGGGUCGCCUCUACAAAGUCGAAGCCAUGGGCAAAAACAGCCAAAGGGAGUUGCCAAAAGAUCCAUGUUGCUACAGAACGUGGCUGUCAGCUGAGCUCGUCCAAAUGUCUGCAGAGUGGAGGAGACUUUGCAGAAACUGGUGUCCUGGUACCUACGGUAGAUCCUGUUGUGGAGGCUUUGGCUGGACCUUGCCCUCCAAGAAGAGAUCCACCAACAAAAGAGAUGAUGCCUCCAACAUCCACUCUUCAAGAAAAUGGGUCUUCACUGAAACUGCCCCUUCCUUAUCAGAAAGCUUUUACCAAGUAUGUCAGGUUGUUGGAGAAGUGCCAGGACUUGAAAACACCCCCCGAGGCAGCUGUCGCCAAGAACCACUUUUUAGAGAAGUUGCAAGCAACUUUCUUCUCUCCCAUGCCAGCCUUUACCCCAACUGAGGUGAAACAGGAGUUGGUGCAUCUGCAUGACCUCCAUCUGCUUGUCACUGAGCGCAUGAAAGCUGAAAGCCCAGAGGCACUUGGAGAAAACCCAACUUGGGACAGAGAGUAUGAAAGCCUUGUGACUUUGCAGGCCCUGCAGGAGGUGGUAGAGCAACAUCUCCACAAAGUACACCAGAUGCAAGAAGCCAUGGUGUCCCAUGCAGAGUUUCUCCCCCUUGCCUCGCUCUGCAUGAGUAACAACGAGGACGACAAAGAUGACUCCUUGGGCUUGUGUUGCGCUUCCCUUGGAGAGCAAGCAUGCUGGGAUCAGGACUUACUGGGACCUCCCCCACUCCUCUUUUACUCCAGCUUGGAUGAGCUGAAGGACAUGGAGGCUUUAAAACUGCAGGUGGCGAUGCUGAACCAGAAGCUUCAGAUCCAGACGGCUAUGGAAAUGGAGCUCAUUCCACUUCUGGAACCCGGCAGCCUUUCAGAAAGCUCUAGGCCUUCGGUGAUCCGUGCCGCAUACUCCUUGUUAUGUGAAGGCGGGGAGCACGUUCCUGUUCUGGUGAAGGAUGAAGAACCGUCCAGCUGACCUGAUGCGAGAAUGGACGUACAGCAGACACGCUUAGGAAGCAGUCUACUUUUGGCCUCCAUCCUUAAAUUGCUUUCAUUCUCAUGAAAGGUGAAGCUCAGCGGCAGGUCCCCCAGCCUCUUCACCUGUGUGUGCUGGUCCAAUGAAUAAAAAGAUUUUGUACCUCUUCA